CCGCCGCGCGCCGACCCCAUGCGAGCGGCAGCGGCAGCGGCAGCGGGCGGCGCGCUCCCGCCGCUGCUGGCGCUGCUGGCGCUGCUGCGCCCGGGGCCGGCGGCCGCCGCGCCGUGCGCCGCCGCCUGCCCGGCGGGUACCUUCGUGCUGAGCGCGGGCUGCGGGCGCGGCGCGGGCUGCCGGCAGUGCCCGCCCGACACCUUCUCCAGCGCCGCGGGACAGAGCGGCUGUAACCUCUGCCGCAAGUGCGAAGGAAGAUUCAGAUAUUUAAGAGAGUGUUCACCAAAAAGUGAUGCCGAAUGCACGUGCAGGGAUGGGUAUCACUGCAGCGGAGACGGCUGCUCCCGCUGCCACAGGAACUGCGGCGUGGGCGAGGAGUACACAGGGAGCGGUUGCCAAGCUUGCCGCUUUGGAACUUUUAAUGAUCAACCCAAUGGCUCCUGUAAAAACUGGACAAAAUGCUCUGCAACUCAGGUCCUGGAGCCUGGAACUACAGCAAAAGAUGUGGUUUGCAGACACACUUCAGAUAGUCCUGCUUUAGCCACUACUCUAGCUACCACUUCUCCUGCCUUUCCAUUUUCUGUCACUGUGCCAGGGAAGAACCUCCAGAUGGACAUCAUCAGAAUCUCUCUUGCUGUAACUGGGCUGUUGUGCAUACUGUUUCUGCUACCUUUGUGCAUAUGCUUCAGCAUCUGGCAGAAAAAGAAACUACAUGCUGUCUUCAAGAAAAUGCAUACCACACUUGAACAGUCAAUUCAGGAAGAUGACGCCUGCAGCUGCCGCUUUCCUGAGGAAGAACAAGGUGAAUAUCAGGACUGUGGCAAAUCCACGGAAUUCAGAGAUCCUUUAGUGAAUUAGGAAUUACACUGCCUAGGUCAGCCAAAUUGUUGUCGUCUUUGAGUACACAAAACAAGAACCUGCUUACAUAAUAGAGAGAGUAUCGGAAUCUGUGAGUUUCAGAGUGCUAAGCAGCCCAGCCAGUAAGGAGGAAGUGGAUCUUUUUUAUUUCUUAAAAACAAACAAAAAGCAAAUCCACCAAAUUAAAUCAACCAGCCAACCUACAAAAAAAACUACCACCCCCUACUAGUUUGUUGACUUUCUUCCCCUCCUACGAAUAGUAUUUCUAAGAUAUCAUACUUGAUGUACAGACUUACGCAUGUACAUCACUUAAAAGUAGUAAUAGAAGGGAAGUAUUGCUUUCUGGUCCCUCUUAUAAAUGAUGUCUGGGCCAUAAUUUACAUGCAGUCUGAAAGCAAGUCUUUAAGAGAUUAGUAGCACGUAGCAGAGCCACACGUGACGCUGAUGGUCUGCGUAUUGCGGUUACCAACCACUCUCUUGAAUUUGAAACCUGCAGCUCCUCUUCAAGCGUGGCUGAAACACAAGUGUUGGGUUGCUGUACAAAUACAGAUAGAUCCCAUUUCAAACUUUCAGAUCCUAUCAGCCCUGGAGGCAGAUACUUGACCUGACCUGCACACAGCUUCUUCCUAGUUAGAAGAGAGGAAGAUGUAAAAACCUAGAGCUGCAAAAAAAUUGAUAAUAGCUUGCAUCUGCUGUUGUAUUACACGGAUUGGCUUAAGAGAGGCAGUGGAAACACUGAGAAAAGCUGUGGUUGACUUGAUCUUAGAAAUAGAUGUUACAAUGCAGCUGGACUGCAACAUCUUGAAGCCUACAUCAUUCCACUUUGAUCUUUUAAAUGAUGUAAAUAUAUUAUGUACGUUGCAGAUGUGGUAAAUGUAGAAUGUGAUACAUUUCUGUUACUAUUUUUGUAACUCUGAGGUUGGAAAGAUUUUAACAUCAGACAGUGUAUCUGUCUUUUUGAUCAAUUGCUGUUACCUUGGUCUUAAAAGAGAAAAAAGAAAAUGCAUGUUUGAGUCAUGGCAUUGGCAAUAAUACUCCUAACCUUUUACAAAACCAAAUAAAUAUCUUAUUUCUUCAGUAAAUGUUAUUUGAAAAUAGAAUGAAAAGCCAUGAACAUGUCACGUAAAGGGUAAUUUUUCCCUGUGACUUAAACUUAGAAGAAUGCUGUUGUGCUAGAAGAAUGACAGGCUGUCUUUGCACUCAACAGAAAAUUAAGUUAGAAGAAGAUUAUUUUCACCAAACCACACUUACUCAUUUUGAUAAAAUCGUAUAUAAGUGGUUACGAACCAGCAUGUGAGAAAAUAAAUGUAGUACUGAAGCCUGAACUGUAAAGUUAAGUAUAUUUAAAUAAAAUAUAUUUUUUCAAUCCCUCCCCCCAAGUC